AUGAGAGCCCCGCUGCUGCCGCCGGCGCCCGUGGUGCUGUCGCUCCUCAUCUUCGGCUCAGCCCAUUAUACUGCUGGAUUAGAUGUCAAUGACACCUACUCUGGAAAAGGAGAACCAUUUUCUGGGGACCACAGUGCUGACAGAUUUGAGGUGACCUCAAGAAGUGAGAUUUCCUCUGCAAGUGAAACGCCUCCUGGUGGCGAACUGUCCUCGGAGAUCGACUAUGACUAUGCAGAGGAGUAUGAUAAUGAACCACAGAUAUCUGGCUAUAUUGUAGAUGAUUCAGUCAGAGUUGAACAGGUAGUUAAGCCUAAGAAAAACAAAACGGAAAGUGAAAAGACUUCAGAUAAACCCAAAAGAAAGAAAAAGGGAGGCAAAAAUGGAAAAAACAGAAGAAACAGAAAGAGGAAAAAUCUGUGUGAUACAGAAUUUCAAAAUUUCUGCAUUCAUGGAAAAUGCACAUUUUUAGAGCAACUGGAAACAGUAUCAUGCCAAUGUUAUCCAGAGUACUUUGGUGAACGAUGUGGGGAAAAGUCCAUGAAGACUCAGAGCAUGGUCGACAGCGAUUUAUCAAAAAUUGCUUUAGCAGCUAUAGCUGCUUUCGUCUCCGCCAUGACCUUCACAGCUAUUGCUAUUGUUAUUACAAUCCUGCUUCGAAGACGAUACCUCAGGGGAUAUGAAGGUGUCGCUGAAGAACGAAAGAAACUUCGACAAGAAAAUGGAAAUGGACAUGCUGUAGCCUAACUGAAGGGUAUCAGAUCGGAAUCACUGAAAGUCACAGCUGCAAGUGAUACAUGGGUUCUCCUUAUCAGCAAAUCCUAAGAAAAC